GCAUCCUGGGGAGGCUGGCGCGCGGCCGAAGGACAGGGAGGAGAUGGUGCGGUUCAAGCACAGGUACCUGCUGUGUGAGAUCGUCUCGGAAGACCCCCGCUGCCGGCAGUGCAUCGACGAGCGGGCGGUGGGCGCUGCGGCGAAGGAUGCCGUUGCCCGGACCCACGGGGACUACGGGCUGGCCUGCUGCUCCAUCUCCUUCACAGUGAAAUAUCUCAAUGCCUAUACAGGCAUAGUUCUCUUGCGUUGCCGAAAGGACUUCUACAGGCUCCUAUGGUCAGCUCUUCCCUUUGUCACUUACUUAGAGAACAGGAACCAGCGUUAUUCCUGUUUCUUCAACACACUACAUGUUGGAGGGACAAUAAGAACAUGUCAGAAGUUCCUUGUGCAGUACAAUAGGAAACAGCUGCUGCUAUUAUUGCACAACUGCACCAGUGAAGAGGAAAGACAGUCCAUCCAGAAGUCAGUGUUAAGCUGUUGCCUUAAGGAAGUGGAGGAGGAGCAGUCUCAAAGUGGGGAUGAAGAUGACGACUGUGCAGAGACAGACUGAACAUAAACCUAAAACUAGUGCAAUGCCUUAUGUGAGACAAGCUGAUAACAUGCAGUUAAAAAGAUGUCCUGGGCUUUCUGCCGUAUGCUGAGCAGAUAAGAUUGAAGGCAUCUCGUGCCCCACUUUUUUUAAAACAUUGAUUUUUUGGAAAUAAAGCAAAUAUAAGGGUAAAAUAUGUUGCUUUCUUGUAAAAUCACUGUGCAGCAGCCUUAAAAACUCAACUACAGCACUCUUCAGUUAAACUAUUUAAGCAAGAGUCUGCAUCUCCUCAAGCCAAGAGGGGGAAAUGGAGUGGUGGCUUUUACCAGGUUGUAUAGUAGAGGAAGGUUAGUAGGUUGGCUGGAUUUUUAAUGGCAUGGGAGACAUAAGCAAGCUAUCAAAGGGAUAGCCGUGUUAGUCU